AUGUACUCAUUAACACGCUUUCUGCCUCCAAACUAAAAACAGUGCCAGUCUCCUCAGGUAACGCUGGCCAUGGAGGUGACAAGGCCCGUUACUGCCUUCCCGCUGUGUGACAGCCAGAACGGAAAGGCAGGAAUCUGAAUUGGAGUAAAGACAGGGAAGGACCGACCGACUGUUCACUUCAUCUCUUGUGUCUCAGCUAGCCGUUCAGGUCAGAUCCAUGGUGAGUUCCAGAGGGCAGAGAGCUCUAGGAGGUAGCAGAAGUGGCUCAGGAGUCAUCACUGCCCCAGUUACCUCAUACCAGUCAUUCACGUUGACAUAUCAGAGCUGCCAGUCUCGUGAGACCCAAAGAAGACGUUGAAAGGACCUAAGGAGCAAAGAAGUAUUUCGGACCUGAAAGCAUUCUUCUAGAACCAGCAAAAGAAAAACCUUUGAGGGAAAAAAAUGCAGAACUGCUCAGCUUUCCUUUAGGAAAGGCUUAGCGUUAGUAGCAAGACUAUGAAGCAGUCAUCCUAGCCUUCCAAGUGAUUAGUCACGAUGAGAAAUGUGCAUGAAGCAGAAAGGAAGUGAUGGGGCUGGAGAGAUGGCUCAGAGGUUAAGAGCCCCGACUGUUCUUCCAGAGGUCCUGAGUUCAAUUCCCAGCACCCACAUAGUGUGGCUCACAACCAUCUGCAAUGAGAUCUGGUGCCCUCUUCUGUGUACAUAAUAAAUAAAUAAAUCUUAAAGAAGAAAGGCAUUGAUACGCUCAGUCUGCCCAUUCCCCUAGUCACUGUCAGGAGCACCACCUCCAGCUCCAUCUGGCCUUAGCUCAGGUUCCACAUGGACCACUUCAGCUGCCUCCUGACUCGUGUCCCAGGCCAUCAGGACCUGUGUGAUUUCACCUCUGCCUCUUCCUCCUGAUUCACCUCAUACCAAUCGGUCUCCACCCAAAGGCCUUUGUACUGUGAUUGCCUGGGGUGCCCUUCCUCCCCCCCCCCACCUUCCUCUUGUCCUCCUCACCUUAAUCCUUCCUGCAGCAGAAGUUCAACUUCACUCCCUCACAGAGGCCUGCCCUUAUCCACCACUCUUCCCCGCAAGAGGAUCACAUGUUCAUUACACAUUUCCAAAGCACCGUGUCCGUUUUCUUCCCAUCACUCAGCUGUCUAGCCAUCUGAUUGUUAAGAGCCUGUCUGCAGAUGCUCUGUGGGAACCUCUGAGAACGUGUUAGACUCCCCGUCCUUGCCGAGGUGUCUGGCGCAGCCGACGUGAGCCAUGUGGAACUUCAUCAGGGACAGUGUGAAGGAGCAGCUAUCAGAUGUGGACGAAAGCCUGAUGCAGACGGACACACCCCUGUAGGCACGCUCCCUUCCCAGCACCUUGGUGAUCCAUGAGGCAUCUUCUCGGGAAGGGGGGGGGGAUCAUCAGCUCAGCUUUCAGCAAGGAUUUGUGUACAGGCGUGGCCCUGUGGAAGCCCUGGUUGUGCUCGGUGAGGCACCACAACUGCCUCCCCUUGCCUUCAUCGUGAUGAAUCCCAGUGUGGACCAGUCAGACUUUUUCCACAGGCAACUUGACUUUGGGAGGAGGGACAGCUGUUCCCUUCUGGUAAUUGUGUUGUGACCCAUAAACUCCACGGGAUUAUGCCCGCUCCAGGGAACUCCUCGGUCUGCUGUGCACACCCGAGAAGCACACAGGAGGAGGCUGACAGAAGACCAGGGCUGGGUGGCUGCAUAGAAAUGGACGGUGGCCCUCUUUGGCCUCGGCGGCAGAAGCAAGAUGACGAGAGGAACGUCAUCCUUUGGAAAGCGUCGCAAGAAGAUGCACACGCUUUGCCGCCGCUGUGGCUCUAAGGCCUGCCACCUUCAGAAGUCGGCCUGUGGCAAGUGUGGCUACCCGGCCAAGCGCAAGAGAAAGUGUAACUGGAGUGCCAAGGCUAAGAGACGAAACACUACUGGGACUGGGCGGAUGGGGCACCUGAAAAUUGUCUAUCGAAGAUUCAUACGUGGAUUCCGUGAAGGGACAACAGCGAAACCCAAGAGGGCAGCUGGUGCAGCAUCCGGUUCAUCUUGAGGAAUUUCAGUCAGUCAUAAAAUAAACGUUCUGGUUUCAAAAAAAAAAAAAAAAAAAGUA